GACGCAGGGGGUGCAGGGAGCAGGUGGGAGGCUCCCAGGCCAGGGACGAUGGCGGCGCUGCAGGAGAAGAAGACGUGCAGCCAGCGCAUGGAGGAGUUCCAGCGCUACUGCUGGAACCCGGACACAGGGCAGAUGCUGGGCCGCACCCUGUCCCGGUGGGUGUGGAUCAGUCUGUACUACGUGGCCUUCUACGUGGUGAUGACCGGGCUCUUCGCCCUGUGCCUCUAUGUGCUCAUGCAGACGGUCGACCCGUACACGCCGGACUACCAAGACCAGCUGCGGUCACCAGGGGUAACCUUAAGGCCAGAUGUUUAUGGGGAGAAAGGCCUGGAAAUUGUCUACAACGUUUCUGAUAACAGAACCUGGGCAGACCUCACACACACUCUCCACACCUUCCUAGCAGGCUACUCUCCAGCAGCCCAGGAGGACAGCAUCAACUGCACCUCCGACCAGUACUUCUUCCAGGAGCGCUUCCUUGCUCCAAACCACACCAAGUUCUCCUGCAAAUUCACGGCAGACAUGCUGCAGAACUGCUCAGGCCUGGUGGAUCCCGACUUCGGCUUUGAAGAAGGAAAGCCAUGUUUUAUUAUUAAAAUGAACAGGAUCGUCAAGUUCCUCCCCAGCAACGGCUCGGCCCCCAGAGUGGACUGUGCCUUCCUGGACCAGCCCCACGAGCUCGGCCAGCCGCUGCAGGUGGUGUAUUACCCUCCCAAUGGCACCUUCAGUCUGCACUACUUCCCCUACUAUGGGAAGAAGGCCCAGCCCCACUACAGCAACCCUCUGGUGGCAGCAAAGCUCCUCAACGUGCCCAGGAACACUCAGGUUGCCAUCGUGUGCAAGGUCAUGGCGGAGCACGUGACCUUCGACAACCCCCAUGACCCGUAUGAAGGGAAAGUGGAGUUCAAACUCAAGAUUGUGAAGUGAACAGUGUGCGCAGGGCGCAGGGGUCCUGGGCACAGCCUGCGGGGUCGCUCACGGAUGCCCUUCCUGCCGCAUCAUCCCAAAAACGGUUUAGAGCAGCAACGGCGCUGUCAGUGUGGGAACUCCAGAGAAGCGCCAACACGGGAAGGGCCUGCCCUCGAGCAUCCGUUCUUCCUUACUGAAUUCUCACCGUUUUUAGAUGGAAUUUGCUGCUAUAAGAAUGUCCAGCCAACACGGGAAUGCCAAGGCAGCAACUGUCUAAUUAACCAGAUCAUAAAUCAAUUUGCCUUUUCCUAUGUAGACAUCACUUUCUUACUAUAAUUUAUUUUUCUAUACUUCAAUAUGAACUGCCCCCACAUUAAUAUAAAAACUAUUGAUACACUGAUAUGAAACACGGCUUACACUAAUGACAUUCUGAGUUCUUUCUUUUAAAAUUGCAAUUCCUAAGUUGUAAAAUAAAAUAUAUUAAAGUUACU